AGUAGAGCCGGUCUGCAUUGCGUCGAAACCCUCCAACUCCUCCUCCUCCUCCACCUCCUCCUGCUCUCCUCUCCCCUCCCCUCGCCUCUUUUUCCUUUCCAUCCCUGCACUUGCAUGCAAAAUACACAGAAAAACUUGCCUGACAUUGUAGGGGAAACAUAUGGACCUCGCUGCCGCAUUUGAUUGUCUCUAAAUUAUCUAUUUUUUUAAAGUAUUUUUUUUCUCUCGAGCUGCUUUGAUCCACAUUUCUGCGCGUAAUCUUGUCCACUCGCAGAAAGCGGUAGAUUCCUGCUGAUGCAGUGAUGUCUGGAAAUGCCAAGAGCUCGCUUAUUGCCCCUUACUGUAUCUCCCCCUCCUGAAUUGCAGCGCAAGAUUUUUUCCUGCAGUGUACUGUAAGCUGCUCACACCUCCGUGCCGCGGCGUGAGCAGCUCCCGGAGCUGAAGCCUUCCCAUCUCAGGCUGUCCUCAUCACACUCCCAUGAUUUUCAUCACCCUCUUCUAUCUCAUCGUACCUGGAGAUGUUUAGAUCUAUCUAAGGACGCCUCAGCUGUAGGAUGGCGUUGAGCACAGGCGGACUCUAGGCAUGUUUUUUCUGCUAGGUGCGGUGUAAAGUUGCCACAUGACACCCACUGGUGCCCUGCCGUUGGAUGAUUUUACUCGAGGAUAAGACGCAUUCAAGACCUACAAGAACAACUCACGGUAAGCCGCAAAAAUGCUGACUUAUGCAAUACCUAUCGAUAUCAUUGUUCUCUCUUUGAACGGCUCAAGACGAUUACCGCAUUACUUUUUUAUUUAGCAGAUGACUUGAGCAUCUUUUACAUCUUCUACAUGUAGAAACAUGAUUUGAUAUCAGUUUCAGAUGCUAUGCGUCACAUCACAACUCAGGCUGGUUAGUGUGUCGUAGGAUGGAUCAUUGCAAUGCAUGUUUAAGACAUUAAACCACGCAUUACGCAUUUCUGUGCUAAACUGAGGUAAACAUCUGCACAGAAAUGCCAUGGAUGUUGUGAAGAUCCAUGAAAACAUUAGGAAUCAGAUGUAGCGUGUAGCAGAUCUCAAGAAGUACAAGAAGAUCAUCAUGAACUCGCUGUAGAUCACUGCAAAAUGAUUGUCAGUAAUGCCUAUACUGAAGAGAUGUUGUGGAAAUUCUUCCUAGGGUGUUUGUUUUUACCCUAACCACUGGAUAACUGCACUAAUUGCAGGCUGAGGGAAGCAAAUAAAUAAAUAAGCCGCAGAAAAUGCUGAGCCAUCAGAUUUCUUGGCCGUUUGAUCCCAUUAUUUCCUCCUCUCUAUCUCUAUUUCUCUCUACCUCUCCCUCUCUGGGUGACAGAGGCAGCAGUAACAACAGCAGCAGAUGCAUCGGGGAGUAGCAAUGGUCAAGUCAGCGAGAACCGCAGUGGAGCCGCACUGAGGCAAAGCAGCCAGCCAGCCCCCCUUCAAUCUGGGGACGUCUCCAACUAUUCAAGGGGUGUGGGAAGCUGAGGAGAGGAAAUUUUCCCUCAACCUGAAUGCCUAAUCAGUCAGAUUAACAAAUAUCCCAACAAAGCUCCCCUUCCUCUUCCUCCACUCCUCCUCCAAAAAUGACCGUGGUAGCGGGAGAUAACAUGGACGAGACCUCAGCUGUUCCUGGACACCCUCAGGACACUUAUCCACCCGACCAUAAUGACCAUGAGUGCUGCGAAAGGGUGGUCAUCAAUAUAGCCGGUCUCCGGUUUGAGACACAGUUGAAAACUCUCUCCCAGUUUCCAGAAACACUGCUGGGCAACCCAAAAAAACGGAUGCGGUACUUUGACCCUCUCAGAAAUGAGUACUUCUUCGACAGAAACCGUCCCAGUUUUGAUGCCAUCCUUUACUACUAUCAGUCUGGAGGCCGGCUGAGGAGACCCGUGAAUGUACCUUUGGAUAUGUUCUCAGAAGAAAUCAAGUUUUAUGAGCUGGGAGUGGAGGCCAUGGAGAAGUUUCGUGAGGAUGAGGGUUUCAUCAGGGAGGAAGAGCGUCCUCUACCUGAGAAGGAGUUCCAGCGACAGAUAUGGCUACUCUUUGAGCAUCCUGAGAGCUCAGGCACUGCUCGAGGGAUCGCCAUAGUGUCUGUGAUGGUGAUCCUGAUUUCAAUUGUCAUAUUUUGUUUAGAGACUUUACCACAACUCAAAGAGGACCCAAUGGGUCGCAUGGUGACAGUUGGGAACACUACUAUUUAUUACAAGCCAAAUAUUCUCACUGACCCCUUCUUCGUCAUUGAGACACUCUGUAUAAUCUGGUUCUCCUUUGAGUUGAUAGUUCGCUUUCUCGCGUGCCCAAGCAAACCAGCCUUCUUCAAGAACAUGAUGAACAUGAUUGACAUCGUGGCUAUCAUCCCGUACUUCAUCACACUCGGCACUGAGCUGGCUGAAGACCCAGAACACGACGGGGUGGGGGAGCAGGCAACAUCUCUGGCCAUUCUCAGGGUGAUCCGUCUGGUCAGGGUGUUCAGGAUCUUCAAGCUGUCACGACACUCCAAAGGACUGCAGAUCCUGGGGCAGACCCUCAAGGCCAGUAUGCGAGAGCUUGGACUGCUGAUCUUCUUUCUGUUCAUUGGAGUCAUCUUGUUCUCUAGUGCUGUCUACUUUGCCGAGGCAGAGGAGCAAGAGUCCUACUUUGGCAGCAUCCCAGAUGCGUUUUGGUGGGCUGUGGUGUCUAUGACAACUGUGGGCUAUGGGGACAUGGUACCAGUCACUAUUGGAGGCAAGAUUGUGGGGUCUUUGUGCGCCAUCGCUGGAGUGUUGACAAUUGCACUACCAGUCCCUGUCAUUGUGUCCAACUUCAACUACUUCUACCACAGGGAGACAGAGGGAGAAGAGCAGGCCCAGCUGCUCAACGUCAGCAAUCCCAACAUACCGUCUGAAACCAACUCCAGCCGCCGUAGUUCAUCCGUCGUCAGCAAGUCCGAGUACAUGGAGAUUGAUGGAGAUAUAAACAAUAGCAUUGACAACUUUAGGGAGGCAAACCUCAGAACUGGAAAUUGCACUAUAGCCAACCAGAACUGUGUAAAUAAAAGCAAGCUGCUAACAGAUGUGUAGACACUAGCUAGGAACUUUGGGAUCUCAUUGGGACUGUCAUAUGUGGAGUAGACCAUCAUUUAGGAAUGCUUCAUUUACCUCUCCAAAGCACUCUAAGGCAUUAGGCCUAUAACUCUGCUCAGCUAUAUAGGAAGGAAACAGAAAAAAAAUAAGAUCUUAGAGUAUAUGACAGGUAGAUAGAAUAAUUAAUUUUUCUGAUCCUACAAAUAUAUAGUUAAAAAGAGAACUUUAAUUAUUACGCACAUACACGUCUCUCUGGUGGACGCAGAGUACACGCUGUCUUAUCAGAGGACAGUGUGAUAAUUAAAAUCUUAUGCAUGGAGUACAGAUAACAUUUCAGCAAGUUGCACAAUGCACCAGAACAGUCUGCAGAGACAUGCAAGCAUCUGCAGCCAAGUGGUAAGCGCCAAGAAGUUAGGUGACCCCUGCUCCCCCUCCCCCAUCCUCUCUCCCGGCUCCCCACGAAACGAAGGAUCUACUGUUCAGCAAAGCACCUUAUAGGAGGAAGACUGAUCUAUCUUGUUUGGAUUUAAACAGAUGGUGAUCUACACGCUUCACAGACAUCCGCAAUGCUGCUGUUUUCCGGCAGAUGCUAUAAUUGUGAUAUCACCAAGUGAUUCAACGCCAUGCCCUUUAGACGCAACACAGCACAAUGAUAAAGUGAGCUUCACACGAGCAUGAUUAGAGACUUUCCAUUUUGAUAUCGGCAUGCAUGAGACAUAUCCCACACAAUGGAAAGGAUGUUCUUUUAGAGUACCUGCCUCCAUCCCCCUUUUCUCAUCAAUUUUCAUUCUGAGUGCACUGGAUGAGUUUUUACUUUGAAAUGCUAACCAUUUAGAAGUAUAGAAAUUGAAUGUUAAAUCUUAAGGGAACAGUACAUUAAUGAGAUCAUAGCAUGAAAAAGUAACCUGCAUUAUGGUCUAUUGACUAAGGUACUUUUGUAUUCUGGUAUAUUUAAUGCAUGACAUGAGUAUACAGCUUGUUGCAAUUCAGACACUAUGCAGCGCCCUAACAUCAGGGAAACUGAGGAAAUUCAAUUCUGGAUGUCUCUGAAUUGCGAUGAAAUAUAUCCAAACCCAACUUAAGGAUGCAGAGUUUCUAAUUUAAAAGUAGUUGAAGAAACCAAAUAAAUAUUAUCAAAAACGCAUAUAAUCAUAAUAAGCACCAAUUACAGUACUAAGUCAAUAGGAGCAGUGCAUGGACCUUCACUGAAAAGGAGAAGAAGUCAACACGUCAUUAGUCAUGCUUCCAUUUCCACAACAAAAUUAGAAUGUAUUGGUUUAGGAUCCACGAAACAAGGGAUCAAUCCAAAAUUUCUCUUUGGAGAAUUCUCCUAUCAUUAGUUGAUAGUGCCUUUAUCCCUUUCACCAACAGGACCAGUGAAAGUGCCUCUGUGUACAAUGGGAUUGGUCAGGUUGCGAAGAGCCGGUUUGCCCUCUGUUCUUGUGUUGAUACACUGCAGGUGACGAUGUUAAUGACGCCAUUGAGCAAGGUUGAAACAGCAGGUGAUUGUGGUCAAAAAGAUAAAAAAAAGAUUCAUGGCUGUUAUGCACAACCCAGUUUCCAUGCCAUCACGCACUUAAGUAUGCCCUUAAGCAGCAAUGUAUUGUAUCUGCAUGUUUACCAAUCCAAUUCAAAAGGGAAUUUCUGUAGGUAUUAGAUCUAAUUUAUUGAUGACUAUUUUUUGUUUGUGCACCACGCAUCCUUUCAGGGUCUCUACCUCAGUAAGGUCAUUGCAAACUUGCUGCAGAGCUGCAAGCUUCAAUGCAGGGCUUCCUUUACCAUAAUGCAAAAUGGAACCUUAAGUGUAAACUGCAGUCAUGCAACAUUGAAUGUGAGAGUCCCAAAGCAUAGCCUUUACACAAGCACUUAGGGCAUAUAGUGUACCACAAUCCCACUCCUUUUUUUCACUUAUAGCUACGCACAAUCAGAGCAUUCAUUUUUAGAGAUUGUUUAACUCUCCUUACAGGAUGAGAUCCUUUGAAACGAAACUACGUUACUGUUGUGUCACAGAAACACAUUUGAAUGUGUCUCAACUCACCAACACACACUCAUAUAUGUGUAAAAAACAGAACAGAUGUUAGUUAUGUCAUCCUGUAAUUCGUGGGCAUUAAGAUGCACAGCUAAGUGUUGCCUGAAUUUUUGCACAAUCAUUUUCUUCUGUUCCUUGAACCUUUUUUUUUUUUCUUGCUUGUGAGUUUUUUUUUAUUUUUUCACAAUGUGCAUUGUUCUCAGCAUAGGUGGAGAAGCUUACUGCAGAUAGGUUUUUCACAGACUGGAACGGCUACUUGAAAAUCUCAAGCUGCUAUACAUCCAUCCACACAACACAUCGAUAGUAAGACUGUACUCUUCUGUACUUUCAUUUUGAUUUGGCGCACGCCUGACAUGAUCUUAUUUAAAAAAGAAAAAGAAAAAAAAGCUUCACUGCAGUGCUACUUGAAUGUCAUCGUUUUUUCUUUUGGUGCAAUGGCUUUUUUGUGGUGCUAGCACCCAACCACUACUGUUAUGUUACAGUUGCACAUUAUGUAAGGCGUCAGCUCAGUCUUCUUGAAUUGUUAUAAGCAGGUCUUUUCAUCCUUCGUUUUGUUAUCGAUGGUUGGUUGGUUAGUUUAGGCCUCUGUUUUUAUUUGAUCUUUGUACUGUACUGCUGAAGAGUGUCUGGCUCAGGCGAGGUGAACAUUUAAGAGCCCUGCUUGAUAUCAGUAACUUAUUGAGGGUGCAAAAAAAAGAUGCAUAUAUGUACGUGUCAGGGAUUUUCAAUUUGUACAAGGUUUGUCAUACAGAGGGACACCAAUACCAUACAGUAUAUUACUACAUAUAGGAUGAAACAAGUAAUUUAUAGUCUCUGCAGCUAUCUGGAAAAGUUAGCUUUUGUCACAAGUUUCUCAUACAACUGAUGCUUGAAAGUAGAUGCGUGCAACAUCCUGCAGGAAGCAGCCGAGAGUGAGGCAAAGAAAAUAGAAAUGAUAAUCCUCACACUAGCAGGACUGUUGCUAGUCUUGUUGUGGGGGCAUGUAUGGAUGGUGCUAUGCAUUCAAUUACCCCAAAAAGACAUGCAUUCUUAACAGCAAUAGAAUAACAGAUAACCUGUUUCUUAGAUGCUUUUUUGUAAUAAAAAAUAACUAAUAAAAUAGGAAAACAAAUCUAUUUUGAAUGUCAGAGAAACCACGGUCAACUCACAACAGGGCUGUUCAUGUUCCUCUGUGCUGAAAUUUUGUAUGCUCAGUUGUAGAGGCUGACAUUGUUCAGAGAGAGACCAGAGAAAAAUCCAAAUAUAGCCUUUGUAACAGCGUCAGUCCCCAUUUAAUACGCAGGUUAGACUGAAGUUGUUUUUGCAGUCAGGAACAAAGGCUGCAAAGGGUUCAGUCAAACCUGUGAGGCAGUCCCAUAGGACCAGCCCAUAAUGCACUUAGAGAGGAUCUAUCUUCAGUUCACUGGACUGAUCAGCUGUGUGAAAGCAAGUCAGAGAAGGUGCCUAAAAAGUUUUACAUAUUCAUUUGUUUAGCUUACUGUUAGGUGUUAGGCUUCUGCAAACAAAUACAAGCGAGAAGAUCUCAAGAAUCAUAAUAUUAAUCGAAUUAAACAUAUGAAAAAACAAAAAACCAUAAGAGAACAAAAUGCAAUUUUUGCUACAAUAAGAUAGAGAAAGUAACCACUAUAUACUGCAAUUACUUAUGAAAAAGUACUUUAAUGUGUGUCUUUACUUUAUUUUAAUUUCUUGGUGGCACAUUUAGGAAGAACAUGCCAUAUACUGGAAUGUCAAAGACAAUAUAUUCCUCUGGCAAGCCAUGAUAAUAAAAACUACUGUAUUAUGAUCAAUUGCUAUACACUAAAUGAUAUGAACAAGAAGUGUACUCUUUAAAAAACAAACAUAUUGUUUGUCUCUUUGGUUUCGAGAAACAAAAUAAAAAAGAUUCAUUCAAUCACCAUGUUCACAUUUUCACCACUGCUGAACCUUACUGCUAUAAUGUAUCUCUACAAAAACCUACUAAUCGCAAAAAACUGCAUGGUCGACGGACGACUGCAUGAGUUUUGCCUUUCAAACUGUGGAUCAACUAUUAUACAGUUGCAUCAUUUUAAAAAAAGAAACCCUUGCUUUCAUCUGCACCAAGGCUUCCUGUACGGCCCCGUUCAGAAAUAGUCGUGAAACAUGUCCUCUGCUGGAUUUCUUAAAAAGCACCUUAGCACUGACCUCCUCACCAAGACGGCGUUUGGGGAUCGAGGUUGUACUUGUUAAUCUCUGUGUGUGUGUGAGCGAGGACAUUAAGGGCUAGUUUCUCAAACUUUAUCUCUAUUCUCUGACUGAAACGCUCUCUCGAGUGACGUUUUGUCUGUUCUAAUCUCAGUCUAGACUGUAGUGAUACUGUGGUGUGGGAAACAUGCCAAUCAUGUCCAAGCAGGGCCUACGCCGCACACCCUCCUCUGUAACACAUUGGUCUCAAGGCAUUCUUGUCUGCUAGAAGUCUUGAGGUUGGACUGCUUUUCUGCCUGCUGAGGAGGCACCAAACAGGAAUAAAGGUAGGGAAGUUGUGUACUUCCUCGCCAAAGAUGAGAAAAUCUUGUUUGUGUAAGGAUUGAGAUGUCUACAAGUUUGUCUUUUCUGUCGAGAAUGCACGUUUAACUGCUAGUACGGAGAAUCUUGGAGCGAAGUGCAAAAGGACUGUCGAACUCUUCUGCUCUGUUUUUUCAUUCACAAGCAAAACCAAACUCUGAUUGUGUUACCUAAUUCAGCCAUCAUUGUCAUGUUGUGUUCACCAAGGAUUAUGCUCCAAUGUGUUCAGUUUGUCAGAGGAUGACAAAGGCAUGGUCUGUGAUCUAUGCAAGGGUUAUUUAUUUUUCUUAUAUCACUUAUAAUUUCACCUUACAUUAACUUCAAUAAAUUUUUAAGGAUCU